ACGAGGACCGACCGUUUGCGCAUGCACGACCGUGUUGCGCGUCGAGACCACGAGGAAGGGUAACAUGGCGGCACCCGAUCGCCGUUAGUCGAUGCACGGAUGACGGUACAUUUGGAUGGUUAUUUUCUCGAAACCGACGGGUAUGAAAGACGAUUGUGACUGAGACACCCGCUGAAAAACUCUAGUGUUAUAACGCGACGUGGUUUGAUCUCUAUUGUCACAAUUAGUUGAUACGAAUUAUACGUGUGUGUCAAUCUUUGCCAUUCGCGUUAAGUGACAUUUAAUUGUUCGUAACGCAAUUGAACAGCUGGUUGUCAAACAAAGUUCGAAGUGGCGAAAGUGCUUUUGUAAUUAAAUAGUUCCGAUCUGCGAUUGAGCGGCGAUUGACAACGGGAGAGGAGAACGCGGUGAAUCCAGAUUUGAAUAUCUUCCUUUGAACAUCUUGGAAUCGCAUCUUCGAACUUCGAAAUGGCUCCGACUAUUUAUUUGUCGGAGUUGCCAGCUGUGAGGAGAACAACGGUCCCGUGCUCGCAUCGAAGACAAAGGAUUAUCAAUGGUGCAAUAGGUAAGCACCAGAGACUGGAAAUCAGGCGACUGGAAACGAGCAACGCGCCUUUACGCAACGAAGUGUCUUUAACGCCGCCGGAAAGUCCUGUCUGGGAACCGGAAUGCCCCAACGACUCCUACGCACCGACCAUUGUCAGUUCUUCCUCCCCAAAGUCUGCCAGGAUACCGACUGAAGUAAAAGAACAUUGGAGAGCGUUCUUGGCAAAACGAAAAGGUCUUCUAAGCAUUGCUAUCCGUACGAUGGCUUUGGUUCGACGAAACAAUAUCCUACAAGAAAGAGUAAACGCUUUGCGCGAAGAGACUCGAGAUUUCAUUCAUUCAGUGUUAAACAAUCCCGAGAACAAGUGUAUACAACAGAAACUGGACUGUGGAGACGAUGAGGAAGACGUGUCAUCUUCGACGGAGAAAUCGUUAUCGCCUUCGUCCGCUUUGUCGUAUUCGACGAAUUCCCCGUCGAACGAUAUCACGUCGACGAGCGAUAACAGCGAAAAUGACACCGACCGAUCCUUUGAAGACGACGAGGAGUCGUAAUGUGAAAGGAAAAGAGGUAAUUCGAACGAUUUGACUCGCCCGGUUUAUAUUACGUAGCUCGUAAGCUCUGCGUCGUUUAUCGUUCAAAAUAAUGAUAAAGAAGUCGAUGCAAAAAGAUAUGCACUUUUCCGUUAUCGGUCUUUCCGGUGUUACACUUUGAAAUCGCUUGAAGCAUAUUCCCAAUGACGACGAAAAAAGAGGUCAAAAGCAUUUCUACUUUACAUAUAAAAAGUAUUUCAUUUGAAUCUACGUACAUUCAAAUAAUUCACUUACAUAAAUAGAUCCGUAAGAUAGCCUUUUAGAAGAUCGAAAAGAACGAGAUAGGUUCAUUAUGACUAAUGUUCUGGAUAUAUAUCGACAUUUCGAAUACUUGCGAAACAUUUGUAAUAAGUGCAAAACCGCUUUACACUUGACUUUAUAUAUAGCGUCAAAGUUCUAAAUGCAAAGCUUGUCUGCACGACGGUGCAUUAGAACUAGAACCAAAAUCGAUUAGAAUUUUAGGAGAAACUACGCCCUGUAAAUUGGUGGCUGUGAAAUUUGUAUUCGCAUUGUAAUUUCGCUUCUUUCUUUUUAGUUUUCAAAAAGAACCAGCUCGAAACGAAUGACUAAAUUAGAAAUUACGCGUAUUUUUCGAAUAAAACCUAAAGACGAUCGUAUCGCGUAGAAUUAAAUAUAAGCUUGUUAAAUCCAGACGAUGGAAAUGUUCGAUGUUUAUUUCUUUAGUUAGUUGAUCACCAUUCAAACAGCUGAUUUAUUUACUAGGAAGGUAUUUAAAAUUUGUGUGUACUUUAGGCUUGAACGAUAAUAAUGAUAACGCAGAAUGUUAUUAUAACAAAAUGUAAAUGUGAUUCAAUUCGUUAAUGAGAUUAUUAUACCUUUCCUUUUUUACGUAACAAGCACAAUCUAAAGAAAUGAAUCUAUACAAAUUGACAUAUGAAAUAUUUUUAAUCUCGUCUUAAAUGUAUAAUAAGAAGACGUGAGAGAUAAGAGGUUCCGAACGUUUCCAGUAGCAAACCUCAUUAUUUAUCAAUCGUGAUAUAUGUACAUAUAUUAUGCAUAUAUUUUCACACACGUAUGUAAUUGGUAAAACGUACCCAAUCCAAAAGCAAUGCUGAUCCCACUGAUCUGUAAAGUAACUAUGGUGAUCGUGUGAUAAUAAUAGUAUUUCGAGAAAUAUCGUUUACGCAAUCUCGUGCUGAAUUAUAUAUGUAUAUAAGUGAUAAGGAAUCUUUUCAGUUUGGAUUCGUUGCCUCGGUAUCUAAUAUUAUCAUAAGUAAAGCGAGAUGAAAUAUCGUACAAGGAGGAUAUCGAAUUCUUUCUUUACGAGAUGUAUAUUUUUUUAAUAUCUACAAUGCUGAACAGAAUUUUUUUUGAUUUCUUGAUAAUUAGAAAGGACAAUCGACAAAACUAGAGGACUAUCAAAUAUCUAUACAUGUACAUACUCAAUAAUUCAAACGUUGAAUAUUCGUAUUCACUUACCCGAAUAGUCUAGAAUUUCUUUUCGUCUGGAUACAUUUUUACCAUCGGUUUGGGAAGAUCGAUGAAUCAUACAACUCGUGCCUAAAGUGUAUGAACUACGUAUGAUAUUUCUCGAUUACUAAAGCAAUAUGUAUAGUUGUAAUAACUUAUUCUACUUAAGCGAUAUUCUAAAUAUUAUUCUACUAUUAGUGAACAAGUGCAACGUUUCUACUAAAGUUAUGAGAGGGAGAGAUCGUCCUUACAUCGUAACUAUUUAGAAUAAUUUAGGUUUUUAAGUAAUAUUCUUAACAGCAUUAUAGCGAUCUCAUUAUUUUUCACAGAGGCGUGGAUACUGAAUGAAAAUUUAAAUUAAUUAUUUUGAAAUCGUUUAUAGAAAACUUGAAACGAUGUAAUAAUUGUUUAUUCGUUUACAUGCCUCUGUUUUCUCGUGGCAUAUCAAAUAUCUUUCGCUUAAUAAUCCGAAGCGAUAAGAGCCGGUAUAGUCGAAUCAGGUGUUAAUAAUCAUAGCGAAAAAUGUAAAGAUAGGACGAAUAGUUGAGACUUCUUAGCAUACGUCUAGAGUAAUUUUGCGUUUUCUAACGACAGACAUAUUGUGAGUUGAAUAAAAAACUAAAUUCUGACGCAUUAUAAUAAAUCGACAAGAGUGUAUCAAAAUAUUUUCGGCGAAUAAUGUUUUGAUAUUUACUUGUUAAAAGCAUUUGAAUUCAUACGAUUACGUUUGAUUCUAUGAUAUUCAUCUUCAAGUAUUUAGAGACAGUCGCUUGCACCAAUCAGAAUUUUAUUGACAUUAUGAUUAUCGUGCAGAAAAAUAAUAAAAUCGUAAGUUUCCCA